ACCCCCGAUCCACAGCUCAGGAGCAGAGGGACUUUAAGAGGCAGAGGGACUGUACCAUCAUUAGGAGCGUUUAGAGCAACUUUAGAUUUGCAGAGAAGUCGCAGAAAGUUUUCUGGAUACGAUGGCUAACUCUGGUAUCCAGCUGCUUGGAUUCUUCAUGUCUUUAAUCGGCAUCGUUGGGCUGAUCAUCGGGACUAUUUUACCACAGUGGAAGAUGUCAGCCUACAUAGGGGACAACAUCAUCACAGCGGUGGCCAUGUACCAGGGACUGUGGAUGUCCUGCGCCUUCCAGAGCACGGGACAGCUGCAGUGUAAAAUCUACGACUCCAUCCUGCAGCUGGACAGUUCUCUUCAGGCGACUCGUGCCCUGAUGAUCGUUGGCAUCAUUGUGUCCAUCGCAGGACUGGGCGUGGCCUGUAUGGGAAUGAAGUGCACCACCUGUGCAGGCAGUGAUAAACUACGAAAGGCCCGCAUCGCCAUGACAGGAGGCAUCAUCCUGCUAGUAGGAGGUCUCUGUGCCAUCGUAGCUUGCUCCUGGUUUGCUCAUAAUGUGAUCCGGGCUUUCUAUAACCCUUACACUCCAGUCAACACUAAGUUUGAGUUCGGCGCAGCCAUCUUCAUCGCCUGGGGCGGCGCCCUCCUAGAUGUCCUGGGCGGCGCCAUGUUGGCCGCCUCCUGUCCACGAAAGAAACACGUAUCCAAGUAUCCGUCCAUGGCCAGUUCCCGCUCCGGUCCUCCGAGCAGCACUAAAGAAUACGUCUGAGAGCGCCCCCUAGAGCUUGGCGGUGCGACCAAGAAGUUUCCCUCCAUUUUUGCAGCAGCAGAGAGGAAUAAAACUGACGUCUGUAAGGAAAGUUGUGGCACGUAGAGGCACCAGAUGGGACCUACUUUUAUUUUCGACCCUGCAGACCUUUGAUAACCCUGCUAUUAUCAUGCGAUUGUUUCAUGAAUGAUGUCUCUCAUCCCAUCCACACAUUCUACAAUUGUUUACAAGUGAUCUUCACAAAUGCAUUAUAAUUGGAUCCCAUGACUUUAUACAAGCCCUACUUGUUGAAUUGUUUGCUAAAUGGUGGAUUUUAGCCAACACCUUCACCUAAGUGUUAGAACUAGCAUCUAGUAGCAUUUGUCAUGUAAUUAAAAGUUAUUAAUUUGGGUUUUGUAUUGAAGCUGUGGCUUAGAGACUCCAUACAACAGAGACUGACAAUGCAGUGUUUUACCCGAGCUGUUUAUGGUUCUAAAAUAGACGCCGCGAUGAGCAGGGUGUGACUUCACACACAGGGCUCAGUGUGUAGGGUGAGCUGAUCACACAGGCCUUUUACUACAACGCUCACUACAGCCCCCCGCCCACUUUUCACACCAACCUGUUACAAACCCUGCUCGCAUAUGAAAUAUUUUAUAAUGUAGUCAUCGUCGCUCUAAUAGCCUCCUUAUCAGCCACCGUGAGAUUAUUCUGCCUCUAUUUAUUUUUCCACACGUAGGAUGAGGUUUGUGCUCCUGUGUAGGUUUAUAUCACUGCUAGUGCGAUGUGGCCCAGUUCUAGCUUUCAGAGAUAUACAGUCAUAUUUUUAUGAAUCCUCUCUGAACAGUGCGGGCUGUUUUCUUUCUUUUUUAAUGUUGUAGUUUUAUACACUGUAGCUGAUAAUGGUGUCAUGAAAGAUGAGUUAAAGGGUUUUUUAACA